AUGAAGCUCCUCGUCGUCUUGUCGCUCGCCCUCAGUGCCAUCGCCGCCGCAGUCGUUGCACCUCGGCAGCUCACAUCGCCAUCCCACAUCGUCGCCCUCGGCAUUGACAAUUCCGAGAUACUCUACUCAGACGCCGACCCAAACCCCACUGCUACCACCUCAGAAUCAACUGCAACUACUGAAGACAACUACCAAGCCGCUGGCGACAAAAUCCCCUUAGUAACUGAGCACGUCACAUCCACGUACAAACUUAUAACCUCGCGCCCCGGCGACCCAGAAGCCAUCAUCCUCCUCCCCUUUUACUUCCAGGUCAUUGAGAACUGCCUCCCGGACAACACCAUCCAAGCCCGCGGUGUAUACAAAAAUAUGGAUUACGUGUGGGCCUACACUCUGGCCAAGGGCACUACUGUCCAGGUUGACCACGGCAUCGGGGGAUACCCUUUCACGUUCUUGAUCGGACCAUUCGAUUACGGAAGUAGCAUCCUGCAUUUCUCAUACGACAACGGCGAUGAUUUCCACUGUGAUUGGAACGACAGCGAGUCGUGGAAGAGUUGUGGCGAGUGCAGGACGGAAAAAGAUUAUGAAUUGCUCGUUCAUCAUGGGGUGGAGAAGUAA